AUGUCACAACUCAAAACACUUCUCUUGACACUUUUGAUUGCUUCGAUCGUUGUUCUUGCCUCCAGCUAUGAGCCAACAUUGGAUCUCCUUGAUCAAUACUGUAUGCGCAUGUUCACCUAUUCAAAAUCAUCAAAAUACGAAACUAACAUUUACGUCGACCAUUCGAAAGGUCAAUAUUCACACAAACUCACAACACCACAAGGAUUACGUCAAGAGUACUUUUACUUCCAAUCCAACGACACUCUCUACACCUUCUCUGAACAAUCCAAAUUAGGACAAUGGACAUGUGUCAAAAAAUUAAAAGCAAAUUUAAAGAAUUCUGAAAUGGACCCUUGGAGAUCUCAAAUUUUCACAGGAAUGAAAUAUUCUGGCAUUGAAAAGAAUUGCCUCAAUGUCCUUACUCGGAAUAUUGCUCUCUGUAAUCGAUAUGAUAACAAAAUUGUGACUAAUAUGGUAAUUGAUUAUUAUGUGGAAACUAAUCACACGAGUGAAAUUCAAAUUCCAUUGCAAAUGUAUAAAAUUGUUGGAGAGAGAGUGAAGGCAGAGUUAAUUUAUGUGUAUGAAUAUAGAAGAAGUCCAAUGGCUAGUGAUUUUAUGUUUCCAUUUUCGGAAAAUAUUUGCACAUUUGGAAAUUGA